AUGUCGAACUCUCUUCAAUUAGUUCGAAUGUUACUUUUUCAAACUGGAUUACCUUCAUGUUCGCUGGAAAAUGGACAUCCAUCUAGGAAUAUUAUCGAGAAGAUUUUUCUAGCAUCAACAACAAAUCCAUCAAAGCAACUUCCAACAAUAAAGAAAGUUCUAAGGGUGAACAACACCAUUGACAUGUUAGAAAAAUUCGAAAAAUACAGAGAAACUGUGAAGAAAAGGUCAUUUGGACAGUACAAAAACCAUCCAAAAAUCACAGUUGAUGGAAAUGAAUUAUUGCAAUUUCAUAUCACGACAAUGAGUUGUUGUUAUGAACAUAUGGUAAUCAAUCCUGAUGAACUCUGUAAGGAUCCGAGUUGUUGUGUUUGCAGGCUAAUCCAAUUCAGCUUUAGAACUUCAUACAACUCGAAAAAUGGAAUUCUAUUAAGUACAAACAGUGAUGUCCUGUGUGAACACGCGAAUCGCGUCUCUAAGGGAAUGAAUGUGAAGAGAGCUGUGAUAGUUUGCAGGACAAUUGCUGGUAGAGUAGUAAGCAAGGAUGAUGUAAAACUUGAUGAAGAGUAUGAUUCAAUUUCAAUUGCAAGUGGACUUCACUCAAGGUCACAAAAUUUGGUUAUAAAGGACUCAAGUGCUGUACUCCCUCGCUUCAUCAUUGUUUUAGACUGA